CAUCACGCUUCGAAAACAUUCGGACUCAUCGCUUCCGUGAAAAAUCGAAAAAAUGGCCCUUAAAACCUUGGUUCUAGUGUGCCUAAUGGUCGGAACUUCAGUGGCUCAGGUUAUUUCACUAGGCGACUGUCCAGUACACCCGGUAGUGCAGAACUUUGAUGUGGCAGCUUACUUGGGCCAAUGGUACGAGAUUAGUCGCUAUGAGCAGACUUUCGAGCGUGGUGGUGAGUGCAGCAGAGCCGCGUACUCUUUGAACGAUGACAGAUCGGUUCGGGUAGACAACCGAAUGAUAGUUCCACCGGAAAGCGAAUUUCGAGUGGAAAUUGGACAAGCCGUUUUAUCGUUCCCGGACGAGGAACCUCUUCAGGCCAUGCUGAACGUUAGCUUUUUUGGAUUACCCACCGACAGAUCAAAUUAUUGGGUCUUGGAUACGGACUAUACUACAUUCUCGUUUGUGUGGAGUUGUUUCCCAGUCAGUGAUAACAUAAAAGCAGAAAGCUUCUGGUUGCUCUCGAGAUCAGUUCCCUUACCGGAAAGUGUACAGGAACGCGUGGAAGAGUUAACAGAUUUGUAUCUGGAUCGGCGUCAUGUUAGAUCCACGCUGCAGGAUUUAGAAUUUUGUGUCGAUUAGGAUCAAAAACCUUAGCCACAUUGUGAUGGGACUACUACUUAGUGUUUCUUAAACACGAAUUUGAAGACAACUGUAAGUGUAGUAAUUUUCACAAGUUUGAAUAUAAUUCACUAACUCA